AUGUCAAAUAAUAGUAAUAGUACAUUCUUUUGUUUGGAUCAUAGUCAAUGUGGAGAUCUAGGUAGAUGUGUAAAUGGAACAUGUAUAUGUAGAAGCUACCUACAGGGUCCACAAUGUGAAACUUCAUAUUCAUCAGUGUUAGGCAGAUCGUUUACAAUAUUCAGAUUGGUUUUUCUAUUAUCAAUAAUAUAUUUCGCAGUUGAUCCAUGGGCAACUCUGGGAAUUUUUCCAUUUCCUCUAUCGAUGUUUUUAUACCAUUUCCCUUUGUACAUUUUAUUUACAUCAUAUCAAAUGCUGCUGUUGUAUUGGAGUGGAACCUAUCAUAAUGUUGCAACUCUUGAAAACGGAAGACUGUUCAUUGAUAAAACAAAGCCAGUAUUUAUUAUUGCCAAUGUUCUAUGGUUGGUUUUGGAAAUCACAGAAAUAGUAGCGGUGGCAAUCAACAACAGAAGUGAUACCAACUUUACAUUCUAUAAAUAUGUUACCUAUUUCUAUAAUAUCUAUAUUGCGCUCUGUUGUAUUGGAUUGACCGUUGGAUUCAGUGUCUACGGUACAUUACUCUACAAAAGAAUAUCAUCAUUACCAACCAACAAAGAUAAGAAAAGAAAAACACUUAGAAAAUUAUUAAUAUCAACUGUGGUAUUAGCAUUUUCAACCGCUAUCGUUACUAUUCCAAGUAUUAUUUUAUACUUUAGUAAAUUGACCAAGGGACCGUCAGGAGCACUUUUAUAUGUCUCUUUUAUUCAUGGAAUCGAGUGUUUCUUGGUGAUGGAACUAUUUUGGAUUAUGAAACCAAGAGAAACAAUGCCAUUUGCAGCCAACACUCCUGGAUACUAUGAUAACAAUCAAAUCUAUCUUGAGAAAUGUCCGACUGACCAUAAACCAAAAGAUGAUUAUUAUUUAUCACCAAAGAAAACAUUGUUCUUUAGUACCAAAUAA